CCCACACAAAGCCGUCACCGGACACGGCCGGAAGUGUGCACCAGUCACACAGCGCCGGGCGGAAACCUGAACCCACGAUAAAAGUGCCCCUGCUAACGGUCUACCCCUCCUGCACAGUUCCGGAGCACUGAGAGCGUGGAUGAAAGGGGACUGACCAGGCAGAAAUGGAUGGAACAUAUACUCUUGAACUAUUUCCUCAAUGUAAAGUCACAAUGCUUCUGUUUAAAAAUGUGAAGAAUGCAUCUGCGCUAAGAAAAAAGGCAAUGGAUGGAUCUAUAGAGGGGGCUUUGCUGAACCCUGCAGUGAUUCUCGAUCCUCUUCAGGUUCUCGUGGCAGUAAAUAAAGCAAUCCAUCUACAGUUACUAGGAAAAAUGAAAACUAGAAAUCUCAACACAGAGUUUAUAUUCAAUUUGUCCCCAACCAACAAUAUUUCGGAAGCUUUUAAAACAUUUGGCCUGUCAGACAGUGCUUCUGGAGUUCUUGUUGUUUUGACUGACGAUGGGACUAGAGCUUUGAAUUCUCAAGAAAUAAUCUCUCACGUUGAAGGCCAGCAGGUCCCACUAGCAGAUCUGUCACAGUUGACAGACUUCACAAAAGUGAAAAAGGUGUAUAAAAUUACAACAGAAGAAGAAAAAAUUGGUUCUGUUUUGGAUGCCGUCAUUUGUAGAAUGUCUGUCAAAUAAAGAGCCUUUAUUGUAAUAAUUAUGCUUAUUAGACAGUAUGUGAGCCUAAAGGGGAGGGUUGAAAUUUUUUGUAAACAGGCUCGGAUCACUAUAAAAUAAAUGAUACUGAUCCCCUCACCAUUCCUAUUGCAACACUUCCUCACCGGUCUCUGCAUCCUGGUCAGUCACAACACACAGGAAACAACCACUUGGCAAAUCGCUGGCCAAAGCAGGACACCACUGCGACCAGUGACUGGCUGAGUGAUCCUUUCCUGAUUGUCAAAAAGGACCAGAAGGCAGAGAGUGGUGACAUAGCUGGAAAGUCUUGGAGCAAUAGGGCAGGGAUGGCCAACCUGCGGCUCUCCAGCUGUUGUAAAACUACAACUCCCACCAUGCCCUGCUGUAGGCUGAUAGCGACAGUCAAUCUGGGCAUGCUGGGAGUUGUAGUUUUGCAACAGCUGGAGAGCCGCAGGUUGGCCAUCCUUGCAAAAGGAGAUCUGCAAGAUGAGUAUUGCUUGUUUUAUUAUUUUGAUCUUGAAUGUAGCCUGUUUUAACCCCUUCAGCCACAACGAUUUUCCAUUUUUAUGUUUUUGUUAUUCACUCCCAUCCUUCCCAGAGCCAUCUUUUUUUUUUUUUUUUUUCUAUUCACAUAUGCCCUCGCAAUUGCACCACAGUUUUAUGAGGUUUUUUUUUUGGUUUUUUUUGGGGGGGGGGUUACGACGUUCCCUUUGUGCUAAAACUCACUUGUCAACUUCAUUCUACAGGUCAGUACGAUUACGGUGAUACCAUAUUUUUAUAGUUUUUCUUGUGUUUUAAUACUAAUAAAAAUAA